UCUGAAGAGGGACAUAUCAGUCAUUAGCUUCCCAACAAAUUUAAUCUUUUAACUUCCGGGGAGGGUCUACAUAAGUACAUAACCUAAGAUCUUUACAUAAAUACCCUCUAGCUCCGACCAUAUUAGAUGAUAAUUUGAGAGGACACAGAAAUCAUUAGAUUGGGUCAAAGGUCAAGUUCACACCUGUAACCUGUUAAGAAAAUGGAAUUGGAAGGUCAAAGGGCUGGUUCUGUAUUGCCGUAUUGGGAUAUCUCAUGUGUGAGAAUUAGACAUUCCAAGUUCCACGUUUGCUUCUAGAAAUGGCCGUGUGAAGCGUAAAGUAGCUACCCUACAAUCCUAACGGCUCCCUAUCCAAAAAUAACAACCAUCCUUACUACUACCUAUCUAUCACCGGCGUAGAUGGUUUACCGGGCCGGGGAGAUCUCUCCAAUCGUAAAGAUCACGUUUCUUCCUUACACGUGUCUCAAUCAGAUCCUUCCAGCUAUCUGCUGCUCUUUCGUCUCUGACGUUUAUAUAUACGCGUUCACCCUCCUCCCGCCUUUAGUUCUUCUAUUUCUAUUAUUCACUUUUCUCCUGCUACUACUAUUCUCCUCACGGUCCUCUCUCGCUCGCGCCUUCUAUUCGAUUUCUCACCUCCCUCCUCUUUUUUUCGAAGCUUUCGGCUUUCUUCACGGUCGAUUUUCUUCUUCUUCUUCUUCCCUUUUCAUUGUUUAUUGAGUCUCACCCCUCCAAUUGGCCUUGAUUAUCAAUUUCUCUUCCCAAUGAGUGGGGUUGAAUAAGCAGAAUGAGAUACGAGAACGGAGGCCCCGUGCUCGUUGAAUCGAACAGUCUGCAACGAUCUAAAUUCGGCAAUAUCUUACAAACUAAUCCAAGCAUGCCCACCACAUCCAACGAAGAGGAUUUCUCGUCACACAACAGCAGCUCCUCUGCAGCAAGCCCCGGUUACUGCGAUAACCAAAUGAGUUUAGAAGGCUCUCCCUACAACACGUCUCCAUGGAAUAAUCAGAGCACUUCUCCUUAUGCCAAGUCUCCAUGGUCAAGAACCUCUCCUCUCACUCCCUUCGAUGAGAAAUUCCCUACCAACGGGUUGAUCGGAUCCCUCGUCCGCGAAGAAGGCCACAUUUACUCCCUGGCCGCUACCGGUGACUUGUUGUACACUGGAUCAGAUAGCAAGAACAUCCGCGUCUGGAAGAACCAGAAGGAAUACUCUGGGUUUAAAUCUAACAGUGGAUUAGUUAAAGCAAUUGUUAUCUCCGGGCAGAAGAUUUUCACCGGUCAUCAGGACGGCAAGAUUCGAGUGUGGAAGGUCUCCGCCAAGAAUCCCAGUGUUCAUAAGCGCGUUGGAUCUCUGCCGACUCUCAAGGACUUCAUCAAGAGCUCCAUGAAUCCCAACAAUUAUGUUGAGGUCAAACGUCAUAAGAACGGGCUCUGGAUCAAGCAUUUCGACGCGAUUUCCUGUCUGAGCAUGAAUGAAGAUCAAGAACUUAUGUACUCGGCAUCUUGGGAUAAAACCUUCAAAGUGUGGAGGAUAUCGGACUCCAAAUGCUUGGAGUCCAUCAACGCUCACGACGACGCGGUUAACUCGGUCGUUGCUGGCUUUGAGGGUUUAGUCUUCACGGGGUCUGCUGACGGCACCGUCAAAGCUUGGCGGAGGCAGUUACACGGAAAAGGGACGAAACACGCCCUUGAUAAGACGUUGCUGAAACAAGAAUGCGCAGUAACGGCGUUAGCCGUUAGCACAGUGACUUCCGUCGUUUAUUGUGGUUCGUCGGAUGGACUUGUGAACUUCUGGGAGCGUGAGAAAAAUCUCUCUCACGGUGGGGUCCUGAAGGGCCAUAAGAUGGCCGUCCUCUGUCUAACGGCGGCCGGGAGCCUCCUCAUUAGCGGAUCCGCAGACAAGACGAUAUGCGUGUGGAGGAGGGAGGGUGGAUUUCACACGUGCCUUUCGGUGCUAACGGGACACAAUGGCCCCGUUAAGUGCCUAGCUGUGGAACACGAUCCUGAAUCAACACCUGAUGAUCCACGGUGGAUCCUCUACAGCGGCAGCCUUGACAAAUCGGUGAAGGUUUGGAGGCUGUACGAGCAAUCUCCGGAUUUACAACAGCUGGCCGCCAUGCAACAACUAAACCUGCCGGAAGGGUUUAUCUUUCCGGAGUGCUUCCCGUCGACGCGCUUCUAAUCAAAUUAAAGGCAGGUAAAGUCGGAAGCCAAAUCGACCGUAUAUCUCGUUUCAACGUGUCAAUACUCGGUGAUGGACACGUUUUGUAACCAGAAACAAUGCGGUAUGGGUGACACGUGGCUUAAGGCGAUUUGUGCAAUGGGUGGGUGGCUAAGAUUUAUGAUUGUAAAUAUAUAGCCGGGCUCGUCACAAGAGACUGGGAAUGGGAGAGGCCUCAAUUUGUUUACUUGGGGUCGUGUUUUUGUUAUUUUUGGUUUUUGGGAUAACUUACUUGGGGUCAUAUUUAAGCUUAUAUAUCUUCACGACUGUAACAUGAGAAAGAGGGUUUUGGGUUUUAACUUUUAAGAAGACAAAGAUGGAUAUAUC